AGAUGAACACAGAAGAAGCUGGGAAUGAGACCUCUCCAACUCUAAGUAUUCUUGAAUUCAUAGCUACUAGUGCAACUAACUCGGUCCCACUAAGCUCUGGGCCCCCAGUGGAAAAGUCAGACCCUCUGCCUAUCAUCAUUGUACUCAUCUGCAUCUUCCUUCUCCUGGCCACCUGUUUUAUCUUUGUUACUCUUUGCAAACCAGCAGCACUGGACCAGUCCCGCUAUGGAACACAUGAGUGCAUGCCCUACCACCCAGAGGAUGCCAGCGAACCACAGCUGAGGCUCUGGAAACGGCUGGGCUCCCUGAGGCGUUCCAUAAACAGCUUCCGACGGAGCCAGCCUGUCUCCCAGCAUCAUCGGACCUGUCCAAGAAGGCCACCAGCCGCCCAGGACUGGGACUUCAUGGAGUCCACUAAAAUGUGAUGCUGCUGUUCCUCUACAAUUCUGCUUCAGAAACCAGCGCACCUCCCAGUAUCUCAAACCAUUCACUACUAUCAAUAAGAUCUCAAAUCAUCCAAAAACACUUGGAAGAAUAGAAAGGAAGCAGCUCCUGUGCCUUUGGAUUCUCAUAACUGACAGCAUAGGAACAUGACACUUUGUAACUUCUGGAUGGAUCCAAACAAAGCUAAUGGGGACUGUUUCUGGGGCCCUUUAACCUGGUACUAGACAUCAGCAGUGACAUAUGACCAGCAGUACUGGCUUAGGGAAGUGUUUGACUGACGCAUCACUAAUUUGUAAAUUUCUGCUUGGAAAGUGUCCCCUGCUGUUAACAUGUCUUUGUUUAUCCAAGUUUUGGUAGUCUAAAGUCUUUAUUCCAUCUCUUUUAUAAUAAAGCAUGUUCAUGCUAAUGUUAAAAUAUC